AUGGCCAACUCGCCCAAGCUGAAGCCAUCGAGUGGGAGCAGCAGCACUGCCCAGCCGCCCCCGAUCGUCAUCCCCCACCUCCUCCUCGACCGCUCGCGACUCAAGCCGGUGCCCAAGCCCCAGCCAGCACCCGCCAAGCUCCAGACCCCGCAGGCAUUCACCCACCAGCUCCUCCCCCUCAGGGCACAGCUGCGAAACACCGCCAACCCAUCCCCGCACUCAGCCAUCUGCCAGAAAACCAGGAACAGCCCACUCGGCUUACUCAAACAUACCCCCCCAGCACAGCAACCAGCACAGCAACAUACCGAGCCAGAACAACCGGAACAGCCACCCCAACCGGAGCAACCGGAGCAACCGGAACAGCCACACCAACCCGAACGAUCGGAACAACCGGAACAGUCGCAGCCACCGGGACCACCGGAACAACCGCAACCACCGGGGCCUGAAGAUACCGAAUCGGAACAGCAGCAUCCUGAGCCAGCACAGCCACAUACCGAGCCAGCACAGCCACAUACCGAACCACCGCAACCACAUACCGAACCACCGCAACCACAUACCGAACCAGUCCAACCACAUACCGAGGCAGCUACCGAAGCAGCUACCGAGGCAGCUACCGAAGCAGCCACCGAAGCAGCUACCGAAGCAGCUACCGAAGCAGCUACCGAAGCAGCACCGCCUCACACGGAAGAGCCGAAGCCAGAAGCAGCCCAGGAUACCGAAGCAGCAGAUACCGAAGCCCCGCCGACCGACGCACGCCAAGCAGCGAUGGCCGACAACCAGAUCCAGGCAUGGCAGCAGCACCCGGCAGCCUCGACGCUCGACCGGGCUAACUCGGCCGCCGCCCGGCUGGACUCGCUCGCCAGACUCACCGGCACCACCGAGCCCGGCACGGACCCGCCCGCGGACGCCAGCAGCCUGCCCCCGUUCCUGAUGGCCAAACACAUCGAGGAGACCAGCAGGAAGGCCGGGCUGGUGCCCCUGCCCCUGCCGGCCUCGCUCGGCUUCGGCGUCGGGCCGAACGGGCGCGGCGUCCCGAGACUGUCGGCCCUCCAGCGGAAAGCACUCGAGAAGAUGGCCCAGCAGCAGCAGCACCCCGCUACCACCUCCCUCGCCCGCUCCCACACCACCACCGGCACCGAGUCCCCCAAGCGGGCCGCCCUCCCGCCCGACGGCGCCGACGAGCGCCAGCAGGCCCGGAGCAACCUCAUCCGCAAACUAUCGAGCCGAGGAGCCGCCGGUAGCAACUCGCUCACCUCACUCGACAGCCAGACCGACCCAAAGCAUGCCAUCAGACUCAGCCCAUCCAAGAAUACCAGCAACCCACGGACACUCACUCACCCCGCUGGCCAUCCUGAGACUAGCUGGCUAGACUUCUCCGAGCCCAGCUCGAGAUCCAUCGCCAGCCACAGUCCAGAUCUCAACACCGAGGCCAUCUCCGAACUCACUCUCGCUCCCACACCCGAGCCAACCGCAUUAGGAAGCCCCUCGGUCAGAUCGAGCAUCGUCUCCCGGCUCAAGGCCAGGACUUCCCUGAGCAGCCGCAUCGACAGGAGUACGGCCACCGGCCGCUCCCCCUCCCCCGGCCACCCCCCAUCCCGGCAAUCCUCGAUCGAUCAUGGCAGCGAUGGCCCAGCGGACCGUCGACGCUCAGCUAUCAACGGGAAUCCCCGGGCCUCACGUCCAUCCUACUCAUCUACGGCCCAGCGCGUCCGGCCCAGCCCCACCGAAAACUCCCAAGACCGAUCCAGACAGUCAUAUACCACACUCAGCAGCCGAGUGGGCUCUCCUUCCCCAUCACAACAUACCCACAAUGGCGAUAGGCCCUUGCGACCCACCCGCGCACCACCCAUCACCCAAGCUCACAAUGUCGUUGGAGGCCGGGGAACAAUCUCGCACAAGAGCAGUGUUGACUUGGGUCCUUCCCAGUUCCCGCCCACCCCUCAUCUAGUUCGAACGCACAUGCCAGUAGCAUCUGCAGUCGAUCUGGCUCGAUACAACGACCAAAAACUGGCUCCAUUCCCUGCGCUCCUCAGCUCCUCCCCGCCAGGCUCUCCCGAACGGGCCAGAUCUCCGCCCCGAAGCGCCCUCAAGUCCUCCAAAUCUCAGGCCCACGGUAUCCUCUCGAGCGCUUCCAACUUUUUCCGCUCGCCCAGCCGAAAUCAGGACGAGAAUGUGGCCCGGGCCAGCAGCCAGAUGUCGUCCCCCCAAGCUCGAAGCGUGGUCUCCCCAUCCAACUAUCCCGUCAGCAUGAGUCGUUCGAGCGAGGAUCAGGAGGAGGUAGUCGAGCCCUCUCGAUGGCAAUCAAUUGGCGACGCCGCGGGCAAGAUGAGCGCCUCUGUUGAAGUCUCCCGCUCGCCGACUCUUGACAGUAACAGUAGCUCGCUGGCCUCGAUGAUCUCCAACCAACGACGAGAACAGAUCCUAGCCCGUCUCUCCCCAUUCCUCAGGCCACUCCAUUCCAGCGCUCCACAGGACCACAGGUUGAAUGACCCGCCCCGCAGACUGUUGUGGCACCAGCCCGUCCUCCAAGUCGUCAAUGCUACCUCCGUCAAAGACCGAUACCUCUUUCUCUUCAACGACAUCCUCGUCAUCACCAAACCGGUGAUCGAGUUCGAGGAUUGCAAGGGAGAGCUAGUCCCCAAACUACCGAUCACUCUCAAGCACUCCUUCCUGACCAAGAGCAUCGUCGAAAUCAAGAACCUUCGCUGUAUCUGCACUAACCAAGCCAGGCGUGCGUCAUCAGCCAUUCAAGAUAAGAAAAAUCAGGCCGACUCAGAGGAAUGGUUCCAACAAGAUGCCUUCUACGAAGACCCGAGUCGAGCGAUCCAGAGUCAUCUCCAGCUCUCUGGCCUCGAACCCACCGACACUGAGAUUGCCAAGCUGUUGAUCUCGACGGCUGCGCUUGAUAGACGUCAGCUGGGACAAUUUUUGACCGGCCCAGAACGCACGGGAAUCUUGAGGAAAUAUCUGGAACGGAUGAACCUGGCGUACAUGAGGAUCGAGGAUGGCUUGCGAUCGGUGCUGCUCUCGCUCAGAUUACCCGCCGAUCCGCCGGCCAUCGAGCGAUUCUUGCACGAGUUCGGGGUGGUGUGGACGAUGAGUAAUCCGAAAGUGGGGCUGAGCGCUGGAUUGGUGACGCGGUGGACGACGGGGAUGAUCGUGUUGAGCGAGCAUCUGCACGAUGGACUGACGGACUCGAUGCGCUAUGUGGCCGGGUUCAUUGGCUUCCCUAAUGAGAUCAGGAACGAGACCCAGUUUGUGGAGUCGAUCGUCCAGGCGGAGAAGGAGCUGAGGAGCCAGGGCAAGCCGAGCUCGACUCUGUCGCCGGAGAAACUCGAGACGAUGUUGAAGAAGUCCUUCCAGUCUAUCCGUCGGGAUCGACUAGUCCAGGCCCGGGCAAACGUCGAAGAUACGGAGAAGAUCGAGAUGGAGGUGAUGGAGGAAGAAGCAGGGGGAAACUCGCAAGUCUCUUCGAAGUUACCGAGCCACAUCAUCUACCAGAUCCCCUCGGAGCUGGUGACGAUCAGGAUCCCCGAGCCGGACCCCCAAUUCGGGAUCAAGCUGUUCGGAUCCGGGCUGAGCUUCGAGCCCUCCUUCCUGAGCUUCACCGAGUCGGCGAGUGCGACGUUCCGGAUCAAGGGCAAAGCUUUAGGACCUCGACAGGUGUCGAUGAUCAAGAUCGGGCGCCGGGCGGCAGCAUACGACGGGAUCCCGCUGGACCUGAUGGUGUCCGUGGAGCGCGCGUUCAUGAAGCACACCGUCCAGGUCGGCUUCCUGAACCACAUGAUGGCCAAGCGCAAGUAUCUCUUCAGCUUCCUCGGGCCCCAGCCCAAGACCGACUUCCUCGAGCUCGUCGAAGACGCCCAGGCGGCGGCCCAACACGUCCCCGCUGGGGUGCCCAACGGGCCCCAGGCCGUUGCUCGCUCCGUCGCCCUCCAGGUGCUCAUCGACUCGCUGAUCAUCAACGAAGACCUGGUGCCGAUGAACGUCAACCCAUAUGCCUCGACCACAGUGGGUCUGAAAACGAGCCACAAGUCCAAAAAAUCCAUCGACAAUCCUCCUCCUUCCAAGAAACUCGCCCCUAGCUCGUCAACAGGAGGAGGCCAGAGGGUCCGCUCGAACUCGCUCUCCGAGACGUACAUCCACACCAUCGGAAACUCCGAACACGACCUCCACCACGCCAUCCUGGAGAAACGCAGCCAGGCACAGGACUUGCAUAUCCGCAAGCGCCAGCAUAAGCUGCUCCAGGCCCAGCUGUCUGCGAACCUCUCCGGCGGGAAAGAGGCGCUCGACCCCUACUCGUGCUCGAAUAAGGUCGCGCCCGUCGGCGGGGCGGACGAGAUGCAGAACCUGCCCCUGUUGAGGAAGUUUAUGUUUAGUGGAGACAGCCUCGUGCACCAUUGCCAGCAGAACAGUUUGGUUCCGCUCGUGCUGGGCUUCUUGAGCAUGGGCCUCGGCGACGCGUCCAAGGCUCUCGCGCCGGCUGGCCCCCCUGGGCUCGCUGAUCCGUCGCGCGACGCUCACGGCCAACAUCAACAUGAAUACCAUGUCAUCUAA